AUGGGAGAUCAAAAACCAAUUCUCUAUUCGUACUAUCGUUCUUCCUGUAGCUGGCGCGUGCGUACAGCGCUUAAUCUCAAAGGUAUCAAGUAUGAAACUCGUCCAGUGAAUCUCUUAAAAGAAGAGCAAGAUAUUCCGGAAUACGAAAACUUGAACCCCUUAAAAAUGGUUCCCACUUUGAUUAUCGAUGGUCAAAUAUUGACUCAAUCAGUCGCGAUACUCGAAUAUCUUGAGGAGACGCGUCCUGAACCAGCUUUAUUGCCAAAGAAUCCAAUUGACAAGGCUAAAGUAAGAGCCAUCGUACAAUCAAUUGUUAGCGAUAUUCAACCCGUGCAAAACUUACGCGUUUUAAAGCAUUCGGGGCAAGGAAGCAAUUGGGGUAAUCAUUGGAUUACGUUGGGGUUUAGAGCAAUUGAGAAACAAUUUAAAGAAACUGCUGGUGUAUACUGUUUCGGUGAUUCAAUCACAUUAGCCGAUUUGUGUCUCGUUCCUCAAGUUUAUAACGCAAAUAGGUUUGAAGUUGAUUUGACAGAAUUCCCUAUUAUCCGACGAAUAGAGGCACAACUUAACGAAUUGCAAGCUUUUCGUGAUGCUCAUCCGUCAAAUCAAAUCGAUUGUCCUACUGAUUCCUAA